CGCAUUACAUAUCUGCUUUACAGAUAACCUGAGUGUGUCUGUGCCUUAAGACCACCAUGUCUGUUCUGACACAUGUGCUGGCCUGCCUAUUUGGCUUGGGCUCCUGGGUGACCAUCUGUGGACUCUGGGUGGAACUGCCCCUCAUUGUCCCCCAGAUCCCCGAGGGCUGGUACCUGCCCUCCUAUCUGUCCGUGCUGAUCCAGCUGGCCAAUGUGGGCCCGCUCGGUGUCACCCUUGCACACCGUCUUUGCCCCGGCAAGCUGAAUGAGGCUACCCUCAUCUACUCCAUCGUGAGCCUUGGGGCAGUGGCAACCUUCCUGAUGGCCUUCUUCUGGCGGGAGACCGUUGAGAUUGGCGGGACACACCGCAGCGUGCCCCUGUUCGUCCUCACCUUCCUGGUGUCGGCGGUGGACUGCACCUCCUCGGUCACCUUCUUGCCUUUUAUGAACCGCUUGCCGCCCGUCUACCUCACCAGCUACUUCAUAGGUGAGGGCCUAAGCGGGCUACUGCCUGCACUGGUUGCUUUGGCUCAAGGGGUGGGAGUCAUGCACUGUGUGAAUGUCACGACGGUGGGGCAUGCCAGCCUGCCAGGGAAUGCCAGUUUGGUGCCACACUACCAGCCUGCUAAUUUCUCCACUGAGGUCUUCUUCGUCUUCCUCAUGACCAUGAUGCUGGUGUGCCUGGGCUCUUUCCUGCUGCUCAACGUCCUCCCCUGUGUGCCUUGCGAGCCUCCAUCCUCCGCCAGGAAGGGAAGCAGGGAGCACAAUGCCAGCAAGGCAGAACAGAAGUUCAUGAUCACCUCAGCCAGCACCAAGCUCCACUGCCACAGCCGUUUCGGGACGGGUCGCUACAGCUGGCCAGAGGUUGCCUAUAUCUUCUUUGUCUUGGCCUGGGCUAAUGCUUUAACCAACGCUGUGCUUCCGUCAGUACAGGCCUACUCCUGUCUUCCCUACGGCAAUAUCACGUACCACUGGUCUGCCACCAUGGCUGCUGUUGCCAACCCGGUCGCCUGUUUCAUUGCCAUGUUCUUUCCGAGAAGGUCUCUGUUCCUCAUGGGUACUCUCACCAUCACUGGGACAGCCAUCGGUGCUUACAUCAUGGGUGUGGCUGUGCUGAGUCCCUGUCCUCUCCUGGUCAAUGAUAUAGCAGGGAGUGUCAUCAUUGUGGGGGCCUGGGUCCUUUUUGUCCUCACCCUGUCCUAUGUGAAGGUGAUCAUUGGAGUAAUUCUGCGUGACGAGGGUCACAGCGCCCUGGUGUGGUGUGGAGCGGUGGUGCAGUUUGGCUCCAUGGUUGGGGCUCUUACAAUGUUCCCAUUGGUAAACAUAUAUAGUCUCUUCCAAUCUGGUGACCCAUGUAAUACCCAUUGUCCGUAGAUUUGUGCUAUAAUCAAAUCAUUGUAUGCUGAUCUAACAGGGAUCUUUUUCAUGUCCCAUCACCUCAGUUCAGUCUUGCAGCUAGUAUAUCGAUGAACUUACUGUUGAUUUACAGUCAUGGCUAUUAAGUAAUUAUACCCAGUAAGAUUUUGUAUUUGGUAUAUUUUUAACCAUAGGUCAAUGAAAUUCACAAAGGCCUCCUCAUACAAUUGCCCCACCAGCUGUGUAUUUCACUUUAACAGAUGCUACAACACAAAAAAUAGUGUUACAGUUAUGUGCACUGGUAGAUUUAAAACAGAUGGUAAGGAUUGCUCAUGUCAUUAGUAAAAAAAAAAAUGUCCUCUAUAUUUCUAUAUUUAUCUAACUGUUAUGGUGCCUCUUUGUGCUUCGGUUGUCAAGAAUAUUCUGUACCAAUUGUAGCAAAAAUCCUUAUUUUCACUAGACAUUACAGAAUGAAUGGCUCUUCUCCAUAGUGGAUCAAUUAGUCUGUCAGUAAACUACAGCACAGUGGCCCUACAUGCUUUGAUGCCUGAUUGGCUGGGCUACUAUCGAAAGAGAAAAAGACAAAAGCAUGAUGGUUAGAAUUUUUGUGACAAAAUGUAUUAGAGACAUACAAGCAGAUUUGAUGGUCAGAGGGAGGGAAAAUGUAUUGUGUGUAUGUAAAUAUGAUGUCUAUUAUGAAUGUUGUGUUAGUAUGGUUGUACACUCUCUAGCCUACGUAUUAUCUCUGUAAAUGCACGUAUAACCAUAUGCUACUAUAUAUUGUACUUUAACUUAAAUAAAACUUCUAUUA